UCCUCUGCCAAAGUGCAUCGUCUGUGCUCCGCCUGUAAAGGAUACUAUCAUUACUGCCGUCAGAUUGGUCGCAAUGCAUGACAGUGGGUAAAUCUGGGUACAGUGUAUUGAUCGUCGGAUCAUUUUAUCGAGGAUGUUGGCGUGGCCACUAGGGCACUAUGAGGUAACCCCAGAGGAAUGCUGUGUGUGCGCUUGUCCAGGUCAGAUUUCUCCCAUUGAUAAGAGAAAUGAAGACUUGAAAGUGGCUCAUGAAAGCACUGUUGACGUGUGAUGUCUGCGUGAUCAGGGUGUGCGGACGUGCGGAAAUACAUAGGUUGACAGGCAGGUGAAUGAUCAGAGAGCCCCUAGAGACAAUCCUGUCAUCUUGCGCAAAUUCAUGUAUAUCCUGAUCAUCGUCUGCACUUUCACUGUCUCCACAUUCCUCCCUACGCUGUGUUAAACCAAUCACAGCACAGACAGUAUUGCCAUGGACACGGAUUCCAUCCACUCUGGUUAUUCUCACCACUCCAACAGGUCACGAGGGUCAAACAAACAGAGUGAACGCAGCAGCAGGGAUCGGCACAAAUCACAUAGCCGUGACAGCAGCAGCCGCUCAGACAAAAAUGUCACCAUCAGUGCAUCGUCAGCCCAGCCACAGCAGCCAGAUCAAGGCUCCGCCCCCACAGAUGCCCAGGAUGACGACUGGGGUGAGACCACCACAGCGGUCACCGGAACAUCAGACCACAGCUUGUCUCAAGAGGACUUGGCUGGCUUUGGGAAGGAGACGGAAGGUCCAGUAGAGAAACUGAACUGUAUACGCUUCCUUCCUUUGGCCCUCACCCUCCUCCUCGGCCUGCUGGUCCUAGUCACCCCCCUGUCCUUCCUGGUGCUUCCCCAGGUGCUGUGGCCGGAGCGCCUGCAGGCUUGUGGUACUGCUUGCGAGGGCCUGUUUCUUUCACUGGCUUUCAAGCUCCUCAUUCUACUGCUGGCUGGCUGGGCGCUGUUUGUGCGACCAACGCGAGCCUCCCUGCCCCGGAUAGCAGUGUUCCGCGCCCUGCUGGGGUUGCUCACACUCCUCCUGCUUCUCUCCUAUUGGCUGUUCUUUGGAGUGCGGAUCUUGGACUCACAGGAAGAGAACUACCAAGGCAUAGUGCAGUUUGCUGUAUCAUUGGUGGAUGCUCUGCUGUUCAUCCAUUACCUGGCAGUGGUUCUGCUGGAGAUCCGGCAUCUUCAGCCCUGCUUUUCUCUCUGUGUCGUCCGCUCCACUGAUGGAGAGACUCACCACUACAACCUAGGACAACUCAGCAUUCAGCGGGCAGCCCUGGUAAUUCUUGAACACUAUUAUAAGGAUUUCUCAGUUCACAACCCUGCCCUACUGACGGCUGCUAAGUCCAGGGCAGCUAAACAUCUGGCUGGGCUGAAAGUCUAUAAUGUGGAUGGUGCUGGAAGCGAUGCUGCAACCGCUCAGUCUCGGGCUAAAAUAGCAGCUGCCGCCCGACAGAGAGACACCAGCCACAAUGAGCUGUACUACGAGGAAGCUGAGCAUGAUAGAAGAGUCCGAAAGCGCAAAGCACGGCUGGUGGUGGCUGUAGAGGAGGCGUUCACACAUGUUAGACGGCUGCAGGAGGAGGAGAAAAAGAAGCCGCCGGGAGAUGAGAUGGAUCCACGUGAGGCAGCGCAGGCCAUCUUCCCCUCCAUGGCUCGAGCACUGCAGAAAUAUCUGCGCACCACCCGCCAGCAACACUGCCACAGCAUGGACAGCAUUCAGGCCCACCUGGCGUUCUGCAUUACAAACAACAUGACCCCAAAGGCAUUUCUCGAGAGCUACCUGAUGGCUGGGCCCACGCUGCAGUACGGGAGAGAGUGCUGGCAGACCCGGCAGUGGACGCUGGUCAGCGAGGCGUCUGUCACCAGUCCCCUCCAUCACGGCUCUGAGUUCCAGCUCAAAUCAUCUGACUUCAGCUUAGUGGUCACCAGCAAAGCUAUCCCUCACCUCAAACUCAGUGAGGAGUACGUCCACCCCAAGUCUCACAAGUUUGUACUACAGCUACAGUCCGAGACCUCCGUCUGAUGGAUUCAGUUGCUUUUGUCCAUAUGGUUUUCUACGCUUGUAAAUUUUGGACUAGUACUAUUUUGUUUGAAAUUCUUUUUCACUUUUUCACAGUUUAUAAAUGGCAUUUUACAUAAUGGAUGUAUUUUGAUACAAUAUUUGUUACUGCCAAGCACAGAAGAGGAAAAAAAAGAAAAGAAAAAAAAUGUAUACCUGUAUUGUAUGUAUCCGAUUACCUAGUGCUGACUGGUGUGAUUGUGUGUUUGUGCUGCUAUGUAUGUUACUUUUUGCAAAGAGCAAAUGCUAAUUACGUACUGUGAUAAGCAUCAGACUGAGGCAUCACGGAUAAAGUUUUGCUUUCUGCAAGUAGAUAUUAUCAUAUCUAUGUUUGUGAGGCAUGUAUGUUUUUUCAAUUGACUGUAACAUAAAUGAGCAUCAUAUUGGAAUUCCAUGAGAUCGUGGUAAGGCCGGAAACACCAGUUAGGGAGUAGGAAUUGUCAGUGCCAUAAUAGUGGCAUGAUAUCCAAACAUACAUGAUCAUUUUCAGCCUGUUGGAUUGCUUGAUUUUUACCAUUCUUAAAUGUUUGGAAAAAGGAAUAAUAUAUGGCAAGAAGAAAACAGCCUUUCCUGUGUGAUGAAUAAAUUGUGAUUUUUAGUUUGCCUCUUUUUUUGUGUGGUAAUUAAAUUGUGAAUAAGGUAUUUUUACAUUUAAUUUAUUUUUUAUCGUCUGUGUGCCCAUUAAUGCUGCCUAACACGUUUAUAAACCUUGCUCUUGACCGUGUUUUUGUCCAAGCUUGAAAUUUCUUUGCUUAUGUAGCAAAAACAAAAAAUAAACCUGUCAUGCCUUUUUUUAUA